ACUGAACUCGCGAAUCCAGAUAACAUCUGGAUUAUUUGUGAAGAAUCUAAGAUGAAGGAUGCCGAACAAGAUUUGAGAAAUUUAAUUGCCGAAAAUGAAAUUGACAACGGCGUCUUUAAACCAGUGAUAUCCGCAAAAGUUCGUUUCCUACAAGAACAUCGUUGGGACAGAAUCAUGAACAAAAUGCAGGAAUUGAAAAAUGAAGGAGUUGAUGUUGAAAAAACUGCCGAUACAAAUUCACUUCGAGUGAAGGGAACUCCAAAAGGAAAAAAGAAAAUGAUAGAAUAUCUUGAUAAGAAGGCAGGGGGAAUUAAUUCAAAGACCUUCCCGCUUUCCAAACCGGGAAUGAAGAAACAAAUGAGUUCGGAUGCAACAAAUGCCAUCAUUAGUGGAAUUGAAAAAAAACAUAACUGUGUGAUUGAGAAAAUUAUGGCUCACGAUCUUGACGAAGCCAAAGAUGAUUUCGCUGUUGCUGAGGAUGAUCAUAAGCCGGAUGGGAAAUCAUCAAUGAAUCUUCCAUUCGAUUCUAUGUCUUACGUUAAUGAUAAAGUUGUAAAAAUGACUUCCGGUCAAAGAAUCACCAUAGCUGUUGGUGACAUUGCAAAAGAAAAGGUUGAUGUUAUUGUCAAUAGUACAAAUGAAAAAAUGGAUUUAAAUGCGAAUCCUGUUGGAAAGGCUUUACUUAAAGUUGCGGGGACGACUUUUGGAGGAAUGCAAGAAAAUUGGAAAAUGACUGCAGGUUCUCAGGUCUAUAGUAAAGAAUUGUGUCACGAAAAGCGAAAGCCAAAACUUCCAUUCGAUUGCAUUUCCGCCAUUGGAACUGGAAAUUUGAAAUUCCCACGGUCGGAGGUUGUUAAAAUCUUUUUUGAAGAAGUCACUUCUUAUUUUACUGUGAAUCCUCAAUCGAAAGUUAAUAAUGUUCGAUUCGUGGCGUACGGUGGAGAUAAAGAAACCGUUGAUGCAUUCUUAGGUGCUGUGGAAGAGAUGAAGCCUAUUUUAUCAGCAACUAAAACAAAUAUUCCAUCACACGAUCUGGGUUUUCCUGGCCAAUCACAAUCUGAAUUUGUACAAUCCUUUACACCAAGUAGCGCAACAACAAGUGAAAACCCAGACGGUAGCCUAGAGGUCGCCAAGGCUUUGGUCAAAGCUGGUGGUGAUAAAAUCGAAGAGGAAUGCAAAGCCCUUGGAACAGCCCCUCUGUUUUCAACACAGUAUACUGGUGCUGGAAAGUUGUUAGUUAAUCAAAUUGCUCAUGUCAUAGGCCCUGGAACACCCAGCUAUCAAGAGCUGAAGAAAUGUCUCGACAAUUUUUUCGAUGAUUUGUCAGGAAAAGGCAUUACAGAUGUAUCCUUUUCUGCCAUCGGUGCCGGUGCAAUGGGUUUCUCGGAAAGGGAAUCUGUGACUUUGAUAUUCGAUAAUAUAAGCCGAAUGGCCCUUAGCAAAAAUCCAACUCUUAAUUUGGUUCGCAUCGUGAUAUUUGAGACGGGAAAGUUUGAUCAAUUUAAAGAUGCAACGAAAACAUAUUUUUCAUCUAAACCAGACGCAAGAAGCAAUCCAAAAAGAAGUAUUGAAAGUUUUAAUGUUUUUCGUUCGAAGACAUUUGGUAAAUCAAAGAUUAAGGUAAAUGCUCCUGAAGCGAGUGGUUUGUCAGUCAAGAUAUUUUCCGAUGACAUGGAGUUUGUUGACAGUGCUUGGUCAGACUUUUUAAAGAGAAUGGAAGAAAAUAUCGUAGAGCAUAACAUUCGUAACGAAACUAUCAAAAAAUUUGGUGAGAGUGAAACGAAAAAAAUUUCUGAAGUAGAGCGUAACUUUGAUGUCACAAUUAAGGUAGACUUUACCAAAGGAGAGGCCUGUAUUAAUGGUCAUGUUUUAGAUAUCCCUGAAAUUAUCGCUGCAUUGGGCGAUAUGUUUAAAGAAAUUGAAGAAAAAGAAAACAGCAAAGUUCCUGACUAUUGGGAAACCCCUCCAGACGAUAAUGUAUAUCAUGCAUUCGAACUUCAACCUAAGAGUGAUGAAUAUAUGAAGGUGAAAAACGCAUUUGACAAAACGGCAAGCAAGGAAAUAGUGAAGAUUGAAAGAAUACAAAACCAGGGUAUAUAUGAGCUGUAUAAUGUAAAACGUAAGGCUAUGAAAGAAAAAUAUGGCAACGCAGAUUUUCCAGAUAAAGAGAAAUAUCUCUUUCAUGGUACUUCGAAGGAUAAUGUUGAAAAAAUUAAUUCAGGUGGACUGAACAGAAGCUUUGCUGUAAUACAUGCCACCGCUUUUGGUAAAGGUGUUUAUUUUGUACGAGAUGCCAGCUAUUCCCUUGGGGAAACAUAUUCUCCAAAAGAUGCAAAUGGAUUACGUUAUAUGUACUACGCUAGAGUUUUGGUUGGUGACUACGCUAAGGGUAAUUGUACCAUGUUGAUUCCACCAUCAAAAAACACCGCAGAUCCAAACGAAACCUAUGAUUCUGUUGUCAACGACACCAAAGAUCCUUCAAUAUUUGUCAUGUUUAAAGAUUACCAGUAUUAUACUGAAUAUCUUAUUACUUUUAAGUAACUUAAGUCAAUUAUUUUAAGAUGCACGAAAUUUUUCUUCUUUCGAUCAUGUAUUUAUUCAAAAUGUCUCAAUGAACAAUUGCAUGUGAAGUAGGGAUCAUAAUAAAAUGUCCAACAUAAUCAAUGAGUUAUUUUAUUGUAGAAAUGAAAAAUUCAUUGCACCAAAAGCUGUUUAGUAACAGUAAUUAUUGAAUUAUCGUAUUUACGUUUAAUCAAUGCACUUAUCGUAAAGGUUGACUAAGCUGGGAUUAAGUCCCACCAAUAAAUUUCCUGCACAUGAUUUAUUGAUUCUGAUGUAUUUUAGUUCCACUGACUUUGCUCAACGUUUUUUGCCUAUAUUCAAACAUUCACUUAGAGAAGUAUUUGUAUUGUGUUUUAUAUUUUCUGCACUUCUUACUUCGACAAUGUAUAUUCCAAUUAAAAAAAUGCUCAAGUGUUGAGAUUUUUUA